AAGGCGCCUCAGGCUGUGGCAGACAGCAGCUCCGACUCAGACAGUUCCAGCAGUGACGAAGAGGAGAAGACACCUAAGCCCCCAGCUAAGACAAAGGCAGUGGGAGGCAAAGCCCCUUCCAAAGCAGCCUCUGGGAAGAAGGCAGCAGCUGAGAGCAGCAGCUCCUCUGAAAGUUCCAGUGCCGUGGAGGAGAAGCCCAAGGGCAAGGGCAGUGCUGGACCCCAGGCCAGCAAGGCCAACGGCACUCCCGCGCCUCAGAACGGACAAGCAGGUUCAGGAAAGAAACAAAAGCAGAAUGACACAGCAGAGGAAGCAGAGACGCCUCAAGCUAAGAAAGUUAAGCUUCAGACUCCCAACACUUUUCCCAAAAGGAAGAAAGCAGAUAAAAGGGCAUCUUCCCCAUUCCGAAGGGUCAGGGAGGAGGAGAUUGAGGUGGAUUCACGAGUAGCAGACAAUUCCUUUGAUGCCAAGCGAGGUGCAGCUGGAGACUGGGGUGAGCGAGCCAAUCAGGUUCUGAAGUUCACCAAAGGCAAGUCCUUCCGCCAUGAAAAAACGAAGAAGAAGAGGGGCAGCUACCGGGGCGGCUCCAUCUCUGUGCAGGUCAAUUCCGUCAAGUUCGACAGCGAGUGACCUGUGGUCAUCUUAGCAGAGGACGGUGGUGAUGGAGGGCUGGCCCGUCACCGCCAAUGGACCCAGAGACUCAGUGCCGUCAGGAGAGGGUCCUGAGACUCAUCAGUCUCCAGUCCUUCCAUGUUCCUCCUUUUGUACGGGUUUGCUUGUCAUCAUUGCCUUCCUGUUCUGUGGGUCUGCAUAUGGAGAAGUUUGUAUGUUUUAUAUUAAAUGAUUUCGUAUA